UGAGAUUAAGGAGAAAUCUAUUGAGUUUGAGAGGGGAAGGGCAAGUGAUAAGGGAAAGGGAACGACCGAAUGAGACCUGUCAUUAUUUCGUCUAACGUAGUCGGUAAAAUAGUCGCAGGUAUGAACAUGAGCAUAUUUAAAAACAUAUCCAGGAUCGGUGCCAGGCUCCAGGCAAGGUCCUUCGCCACCGGGGAAGGCCUGGUAGAUGUCAAAGUCAACGAAAAAACAGGGGUUGCCACUGUUUCGAUGAACAGGCCGCCGGUCAAUUCUCUAAAUUAUGAUUUGUUGGAGACACUGUACAAGACUUUUUCCCAAUUGGAGACUGACAAAUGCCGUGGUAUGAUUCUGACCUCGACCUCGUCGAAAGUGUUCAGUGCCGGCCUUGACAUCCUUGAAAUGUACAAGCCGAAUAUGGACAAGGCCAGGGCAUUCUGGGGCAUGCUCCAGAACGUAUGGAUCAAGCUUUACUCAUCACCGUACCCAACGUCCGCCGCCAUCAAUGGUCACAGUCCAGCAGGUGGUUGUCUGCUGGCCUUAAGCUGUGAACACAGGGUAAUUGUGCCCAAUGUGACUAUUGGACUCAACGAGACUCAACUUGGCAUUGUUGCCCCACAAUGGUUUCAAGACUGCAUGAGGAACACGAUUGGUGAAAGGCAAGCCGAAAAAGCAUUGGUCUCUGGAAAGAUGUUCACAUCGGACGAGGCGCUUGUCGUCGGCCUGGUCGACGAGCUGGCGAAUGACAAGGACGAAGCAGUCAAAAAAUGCGAGACUUUCCUUGAAUCACAAUCCAAACUGCCUUCCUUGGCAAGAAGGACAGUCAAGCUAGGCUUCAGAAACGACACAUUGUCGAGAUUGCUCAACGGAAGGGAAGCCGAUACUAAAUUAUUCCUCGAUUACAUUUUCCAACCUAAAGUACAACAAGGGCUUGAAGUUUACCUCCAAAGCCUUAAAAAGAAAUAAUAUAUUUGUAUUUGCAUUUUUUAUAGUAGUAAAUGUCUAUUUUUGUAUUAAACAAUUUGUUCGAUUUCCUUGAAGAUUUCAAGAUUUAGACUGAAAAAAUCUGUUAUAAUUUAGUUAAACACUUUUAUAUUAUACUUGUAUACUGUUGCAUAAACAUAAAUAAAAUGAUUUCAUACCCUAA